AUGUCUUCUCUGAAAUCAGUUGUGUCUCUUGACUCUAAGUAUAACUUUGAUGAGCUCCAAUGGGUCAUCCAAAUCCGUAGAACCCUUGAAGAAGAGCUUGGUGAAGAUGAUGAAUUUCCCGUAUCCAUCUUCAGCGUCCCAAAGCUCCUUAGGGCUUGUGAUCCAGCUUCUUAUAUUCCUCAACAAGUUGCACUUGGCCCUUACCAUUAUUGGCGUCCAGAACUGUAUGAGAUGCAGAGGUACAAGCUUGCAGCAGCAAAAAGAUUCCAGAAACAAUUACAAAGCCACAAGUUUGAUAAUAUCAUUGACCAAUUGACCAAGUUGGAGCAAAGGAUUCGAGCAUGCCACCACAAGUUCUUGGAUUUCAACGGGGAAACGUUGGUGUGGAUGAUGGCAGUUGAUGCCUCAUUCUUGCUUGAGUUCCUCCAAGUCUUUGAUUGUGCCAUUCAAGAUGGAAAAAAAGAGCCUAAAGGGAAAUCAUAUCAUAAUGCAAUUUUGAGGGAUAUUGUAAUGCUUGAGAAUCAAAUACCAAUGUUUGUGUUGAGAAAGAUGAUGGAGUUCAAAUUCUCAUCACUAGAAGCUUCAGAUCAGAUGCUGAAAUUGAAGUUUAUAGGGCUGUUCAAAGAGAUUUCUCCUUUCAAGAUGAUGGAGGAAUAUCCAAACAUUCAAGUUUCAAAGAGUGCACAUCUGCUAGAUUUCCUAUAUCACAUAAUUGUCCCCAAUAUAUUAGAACGCCAAGAUACAAUUGAAGUUGAGACUCAACAAGGAGAUGAAGAAAAGGAAGGAAAUGAAGAAUCAAACGCUGACUCCAGCCAAGUUAAGCAACUCUUUAGUGAACUAUGGAAGUUGCUUUCUAAAUUAAACAAAGGACCAGUGAAUAUAAUAAAAAAGUUACUUGUAUCUAGACCUAUGAAAGUCUUUGUUAAGCUGCCAUGGAAAAUCAUAAUCAACCUUCCAGGUAUUAAAAUUCUGAAACAACCUCUUGAGUACUUCUUUUGCUCUCAAAAUGAAGGAGAAAAUGAGAGUUCAAUUAGAUGGUCGAAUACUCUCAUGAUCAACAAGCCACCCUCGGUGGAGGAAAUCACUAUUCCUUCCGUUACAGAACUCUUGAAUGCUGGGGUUCGUUUCUUACCCACUAUUGGAAGCAUAUCAAACAUUAGUUUUAAUGCGAAAACAUGCACGUUUUACCUUCCCACAAUAGGUUUGGAUGUUAAUACUAAAGUUUUCUUGAAAAAUUUGGUUGCAUAUGAAGCAUCAGUUGCAUUAGGGCCCUUGGUUAUAACCCGUUACACUGAGUUGAUGAACGGGAUUAUAGACUCAGAGGAGGAUGCAAAGGCUCUGAGAGAAAAAGGGAUCAUUCUGAACCACUUGAAGAGUGAUAAAGAAGUGGCUAAUCUGUGGAAUGGGAUGAGCAAGUCGUUGAGAUUGUCAAGGGAACCAUUGUUGGAUAAAGUCAUUGAAGAUGUUAACAAAUAUUAUAACGGUAGAAUGAAGGUUAAAGUUGUCAAGUUCAUGAAGGCUUACGUGUUUAGUUCAUGGCAGAUUUUCACAUUCCUAGCUACCAUCAUGCUCUUACUCUUGACGACCUUGCAAGCCUUCUGCUCUGUUUAUACCUGUAAUCAUACUUUUAGUGUUACUUCAGAGUGA